UUUUUUCCUCACAGGUUUUGAAAUUCUGGUUUAGAUCAGCAAAUUUGAAUCUUUAUUCCUGACACUUAAUAGAAAAAAUGGCAAACUCUAGAGAUGAGGAUCUUGCUUGCAAAGUGUACAUUGGAAAUCUAGACAGGGGAACAUCAAAGUAUGAUCUGGAAGAUGUAUUCAGAAGAUUUGGUCCUAUGAAGAAUGUUUGGGUGGCCCGCAGCCCCCCUGGGUUUGCCUUUGUGCAAUUUGAAGAUCCAAGAGAUGCUGAAGAUGCAGUUAGAGCACUGGAUGGCACGCGUUUGAGAGGAAGUCGAAUUCGUGUUGAGAUGUGUCAUGGCCGCAGAAGGGAUUCUCAGAAUUCUGGGCGUAGGGGAAGAGACAAUUUUCGUGGCCCGCCUAGGAGGCGAUCGCGGUCUCCUCGGUCAAGGAGCCCCAGCCCAAGGGGAUCUCCAACGUAUGGCCGGAAAUCUCCUGUGUAUGGCAACAGGUCUCGAUCCCCAAGUCCACCACCCAGGAGUCGCUCUCGCUCCUAAGGAAGGACAUAAGCUGCUUCAAAUGACGAGCAACCUGCUGGGGAUGUCAAAAUUUACUUCACCAUCACAUCUCAUCACAGAAUUGUGUCUCCCUUAAUUGUGCAUGCAUAUAAAUGCAAUUUUGUAAAUUGGCUCAUUAAGUAAGGGAUUGUGGAAGAAGUGCUUUCUUUUUUUCAGUGUUUAUGUAAAUAUCUUGUCUGGUUACGACUGAACUGUAAAGUACAUUCUUCUUGCUCAUAUUGUUUUUUGUGCUUCUGUCAGUCAAGUGGUUUUCCCGGGAACUUGGAACUGCCACACGGGUGACUGUCAAUGGUAUAGAGGUGAGGUCUUCUCAUCCCAGUGGUGGGGGGGGAGGGAGAUAAGCUGGACAGAAAAUUUCCUUUAUAGCCUUUCAUUGUUAUUGGGG